AUGACGCCCCUAGUCAUCGCCUGGUGUCUGACUUUUCUCUUUUUGGGGAGUUCAGGUCGGAACAAAUUAUUACGUCAGGAAUGGGCUUUUCACUCAACAGAAGUGGGCAGCAACGUUACUCUUCCGUGUUUCUAUUAUGAGGAAAAUGCGGUGAUGAUUUACUGGUUUAAACAAACCGUGGGCCAGAAACCGAACAUGUUCUCCCGUCUUUAUAAAGUGGACGAACAAGGCAGCUUUCACGAUGAGUUCAAGGACAAUCCUCGCUUUGAACUAGAAGCGGGAAACGGUAAAAAUCACCUCCGAAUCUCUGAUUUGCAACCUUCAGACUCUGCUACUUACUUCUGCGUCGCUAUCGAUUCAAACACAUUCGAGUUCGGAGACGGAGCUACAGUCAACGUGGAAGGUCCUGGUUCAAACGUUCACACUUUGGUCCAUCAGCCAGAAGGGUCUGUGACUCUGGACUGUUCAGUAGACACUGGAAGCUGUGACGGAGAGAACAGUUUUUACUGGUUCAAAGAGGCAAAAGAAUCUCAACCGGGACUCAUUUACACUCAUGGAGGCAGAAACGGUGGAUGCGGUAGGACGAUGACGCCAGCAACACACACCUGUGACUACAUUGUGCCACUGAUGAACCUUGAUGGGUCCGAUGGCAGGGUUGCCAGCUGCGCCGUAGCCUCAUGUGGAUCUUUACUGUUUGAAGAUGGAGAAAACAUGGAGUCAGCAGAUGAGCUGAACUCCCCUGAGCUUGUACGUUUUCUAAGCGGAGCUCUGACAGUCACCGUCAUAUUGAGUGCUGCGAUGGCUUUCUCGAUAUGCAGGAUGAAGAAAAAAAUCCAACAUCAUCGUGCAGCAAACUCAGAUGCAGAACCAGCAGAAAGCCACACAGCUGAUUCAGAGGGUAACGAAGAUGAAGAGAGCCUCCAAUAUUCCACUCUAAGGCAACCCAGGUCAAACGGAUCAAGACGACAGAGAGACGAUACAAGGAAUCAGUGUGUGUACACAAGUGUAAAACAAGCCAAAUCCACCCUUCAACAACAAUCUGUUGCAGCAAUGUCAGAUAAUAUAUUAGAUAAUGUUUUUUGAAUGUGACGUGAAAAAAAUGUAAAAAAUAAUAAUGGGGUUUUGUACAUUUUUAUGAAUUUCCAAGAGCUGAUAUGUUUCUGUGGUUUCGCCAGUUAAGUCUGUAGAGCUGAAACAAUGAACUAAAGACAUUUUACAACGACUAAAGGCAACAAGAACAAGACAGGAUGAGAUUUUUUUGUACUAAUAGGGUAAAUUUCAAAACUCAAUAAUGUAGCUUAUAGAAUCUGCAAUCAGAGUAAUAUAAUUCACUGCAGGUUUGACCAAUGGGGAUUUUCCAAAGAAGUCUUGUUUCUGAAAU